GAGGGAGAGACAGCAGAUCAGCACAAGGCACAAGGAAGAACAUGGAGAGAACCCCUUGGCUCAAUGCGAACCAAGAGUGGGGUAGAAGAUGGUGUGUAACUGGGGGAGAGCUAGCAGAGCCUCACAUGGUGAAGCACAUCCUCCUGUGUGCCAUCCCUGCUGUCUUUGCCAAAUCAGGGACAGACUAACUCGGUUGGCAGCGAUGUCUCUCCUGUCCUUAACCAACCCUCCCGGCUGGAGCGUGUGUUCUACCGUCUAUAUCCUCAUCCUGUUGCUCCCAGAGGCCAAAGCAGACGACCUGAACGCAACCACUACAAGCAACGGAGGAGGUUCCCAGUGUGGGGAGUACACGAACCAGCUGAUGGAGGAUGGGAUGUGCCGGCUGGUGGCCACGCUGCCUCAGCUGGACGAGCGGAGAUGCCCGGAUAUGUUUCGCUGCUCGGACGAGGUUUCCUACUGGCUGCAUGAGAACGAGGAGAGGAAACGGCAGAUUGUGGCACUGAAAGAGACCAUCUCUGAGCUGCAGGAGGAGCUGAGGAACCACCGGCACCGCAUCAAAGUCCUCGAGCUGCAGAGUGAAGAGAGGGCCCACUUGAACACCUCCUUGGAGCAGCGAUUUCAUGAGUUGGAGCUGCACUAUGCUGAAGCCACCACCCUGCUGCAUCUACAGGGGUCUCUGAUCCUAGAUCUUCAGAACCAACUCCAUAAUCUGACACUUUUGAUGGAUAAAGUAAAAAGAAGUCCCGGUUGUUUGAUCAACAUCGUCCAUCCCAAUCCUAUCAUGGAUGCUCAAGAAGCUCUGCACCCAGAGAUUCUGCAUGCGAGGAACUGUCCCAUAGACUGUGCCUCUAUCUACUACAAUGGAGUGAGAAGAUCAGGUUUCUAUUCUGUGGUGCCAUCAAUGGCAGGCAUGCCUUUAGAGGUCUAUUGUGACAUGGAAACAGAUGGUGGUGGCUGGACUGUGAUCCAGAGGCGAGUUGACGGAUCAGUGAGCUUUGACCGCAGCUGGAGGGACUACAAGGAUGGAUUUGGUGACCUGCACUCGGAGUUCUGGCUGGGCAACGACCACAUACAUGAUAUGACCACUCAGGGACGCUACAGCCUCCGAAUCGACAUGGAGGACUGGAGCAACAAGCACAAACAUGCCACCUACCAGAGCUUCAGUGUGGAAGACGAGGAGCAUCUGUACCGUCUCCAUGUGUCGGGCUUCAGUGGCACAGUGCAGGACUCUUUCAGCUGGUACCACGACAAACAGGCCUUCAGUACGCCAGACAGUGGCAACAUCUGUGCUGAGAUCUCACACGGGGGUUGGUGGUACAACCAGUGUUUCUAUGCCAAUCUUAAUGGAGUCUACUACAGGGGAGGCCACUACACCCCAAAAACCAGAGGACCGCUGGGUCCCGAUGGGAUUGUUUGGCACUCCUGGAAGGACUCUGAUUAUUACUCCCUACGCAAAGUCGCUAUGAUGAUCCGUCCACGCAGCUUCCGAAGCCGUUUGUCACCCUGAACCACUGUCACCAUGACGACGGCAUGGAUGCGGGACUCAGCAUCCCUCGCCACAACAUAAGCACUGUUGUUUUCUGGUGACUCAGGGAGCUCAGAGAACAGUUUUUUAGUGAAUGGACCGACAGAGUAACCUGGAAACGACAUCUCUUCUGAGGAUUUUCAGUUAUGUGUAAAUGAACUCAUGUUGUGCUGGAUAUUUUUGGGAAGUAACUUUAUACUGUAGAGUUCAUAGAGUUUUCUCACUCAGUCUCGGGAAGUGAAUUCUUCCUCAUUUUGUACGUCUUUUUUGUACUCUAGUUUGAUACCUUGACACUUGACAUACUUUUCCAGCCAAAAGCCCUGUUUGUUUUACGGCACUCACUGGCAGAAUGAAGUGGCUCCAAAUUCCUUCUAGCCACUAAGUGGAAACGAUUGCAACUGGCAAGCAGAUCACGUGAGACUGUUCACUGAAUGCUCUACAAAUGUCAUGUGCUUAUUGCAUAUCAUUGAUAAUCAUCAAUUUUAUUCUUUUUGAAGGUUGUCCAACUAUUAAUUUAAUCUACUGUGUAAAAUUUAAUUAAAAUCAAAAGGGUUUUACUAUUACUCAAAUAAAGUCAGGACAUAGGAA